ACUCAUUUCUCAUCUAUCAUAUCAUCCAAAAUUCUCUGUUCUCUACAAUCUCACAAAGAAAAAAAAUCAUAUUCAAGAUUAUUAAUGAGAAUUUGUCAUGCAAUUAGGGAGGAUGGUUCUGUUCUUCUCCGCUACACUCUUGAUGAUGGAUGAUGUCGAUGGUGAUGAAAUCAAGUUCUCGGAUUGGGAGGUUUUGGAAAUAAUAAAAAGAUGCCACCCAGAAAGAGAUCCCGGGCUGAUUCAUCAUCUUCUCAAGAACUUUCUGAUACCGACAUAGAUAGACCCAUAAUUCUGGCCAGAAUUGUGGGUCUUAAUGUUCACUUUGAGAGAGGUUUUCAGAUCAGUGCAUUGCAGACAUCAAUCUACACUUACCAUGUUAACUGCAGUAGGUAUUCACGGCAUGAUGACUAAACCCCUAGAGAAAGCAAAUAUUUCAUUAGUCCAUGAGUUCUAUUCUGGAUGGGAAAUUGAUCCAGAUAGAGAAUUUUCAGCUUUUUCUGUAGUGAGGGGUGUUAGGGUUUUUGAUCUUCCCACUAUCCAUGCUACCAUUGAUCUUGCAGAACUACUGACUGAUGUACCAGAUUAUUUUCACUUAGCCUCCACAUUACAGCCUGGUACACCAGAAUAUAAUAACAUGUCCAUGACUUUGUGUGGGAGGAUCUUUACAUCUAGUUUCGGUUCAGGAAAUCUCAAACCAGAAUACAGAUUACUUAAUCUUUUCCUGAACUUUGAUUUGAAACUCACCACUGCAUACUCUGUCAUUACCAUCCACAAUAUACUCUUCUUUUUUGGAUAGCCACUGGUCAGCAUUUUGAUAUAACGAGGAUUAUAUUUGUGUGGAUGCGCUCAUCAGUGGAGGAUGUGUUGGAUUGGGUCAGGACUGUCUGCAUCACGAGCUCAUCUCAUUUACCCUUAUUUCAUUACUAGACUCUGCCAUAGAUUUCACGUUCCAGUAUUUGCAGAUGAUAGACUAGAACCAGGGAAGGGGUUAUUAAAUGAUCAGAUUGUGAGGAGCAUUUCAGGGCGAGAUCAGAUCGGUUCUUUAGGUAGAGAUCCUCUCAGCACCAACCAGUUACACAUGAUCCCAUUCGUGAAGAGUUGGAAAGGAUGCGGAGUCGUAUGCACAGGAUGCAGAUUUAUAUGCACAGGAUGCAGGGUCAGAUGAACUACACCACCGAAACCUUAGCAUAUUUGGCGAGAGAGUGGCAGAGGGAACAUGGAGAUACAGCUGGACCUCCACCUGAGCUUUAGAGUUUUUAUCACACCGCUUCAGUCUGAUGAUUUCCCAGGAGAGGAUGAGGUAGGAUCGAGUUCAGCAGCUGCCGCUGAUGAUGUGGAUGACGAUCUAUUUGGAGAUGAGCAUGAAGCUAUGGACUAUGGAGGUAGUCAGAAUUCCGUCCAAUGUGGUCUACUUUCGGGGCCUAAUUCACAAUCAUAUUUCGUCCACUUUGUCAGAGGAUCAUCAGACAGCCCUUCGAGGUACCCGUUCUAUGGAUAUAUUGAUGUUCUUGAUGUUCCAAUCCAGCCAUUUCUAGUUGAUUGCUUGUUGGAAGUUUUUGAUAUUGAAAAAAGCAAUUUCAAAAUUGGAGGAAAGUGGACCUACUUUGGUGUUGAGGAUGUCGGGUGGAUUACGGGGCUUUCGAUGGGAGGAUCUAUAAUAGAUACGAGGUCCAUAGAAGUGAUCGUGAGACAAUCUAUAAACAUGUCCUUUCAUUUAGGACAAAGGCAGAAAUUGAGGAGAAUGGGAAGCGUAGGACUAGAAGAGGAAAGAAAAAAAAUUUGAUGAUGGAAAGAAGAAGGUUGUUUCUGCUAGACGAGAUAGCAUGACUGAACUUAUCGAGGAGAUGGCCAAGCGUAGAGAUCCCAUUUUGCCACAAAUGUUUGUGGCUUUCAUUAUAGGCUUUAAAUUAUGCCCCUAAAGUAAUUAGGGUUAUCCUUUGUUUGCAUUUAGAUAUUGCUGAAAAAUUGGAAACUCUUAAGGAGUAUAAUUGGGUUGAAGUUGUAUAUAAUGUCUUGCAUACUGAAAUGAAAAAGGCUAGGAAGACUAUCACUAAGAGGUCCUAGGAAAAGCCAUCUAGAGGUGGUUAUAUGGGCGGUUUUACCUCGGUUUUGGUGGUAAGUGAAACUUUUAUAUAUUUAUUUAUGCCAUUUAGUCGUAUUUUGACAGAUUUGAUUUUAUGAGUUUGUGGAUAAGUUGAGCGUUCGCAUAGGAGCCGAAUGCCUACCACCCAUCCUAACCUUCGACAAGUAUUCAUAAAGUUUACGAAGGAAUGCAGAGUCGGAUUUUGUUAGAGACCCGGCUAACCGGCUAAUUUUAGGAAGUGUAAUAAUAACUCGAGGGUGCAAAAAUUUCAUGAGAGGGUUACUGAAGUUGCCAUUACUGAAGCUGUCACUACAGAAUUCAAUGGAAAGGUAUAAUUUUUUAUAUGUUUAAUUUUUAAUGUGCUUGUUAUAAAAUUUGAACUUAUGAUGGAUGUUUGUGUUUUCUCUAUGUGGCUGUAUAUCAAGUUUC